ACUGAGCGCGCGGCGGCCGCGAGGAUGGCCGGGGAGGCUGGUGCGGCGCGCUCCCGGCGGCCGGGGCUCCCCUCAGAGCGGCCGCUGCUCCCUCUUCUCCCCGGGGGGCCGCCCGCCCGCCGCCUCCUCCUCCUCCUCCGUUGAGGAGACAGGGAGGGAGGGACCCCGCGAACUCUCUGCACCCCUCACUACAGCCGGCAUCAUGACGGUCCCCAAGGAGAUGCCCGAGAAGUGGUCCCGGGCAGGGGUGCCCCCCGCCUGGAGCCGAAAGAAGCCCUCCUGGGGGACAGAGGAAGAAAGGCGGGCACGGGCCAAUGAUCGAGAAUACAAUGAGAAGUUCCAGUAUGCGAGUAACUGCAUCAAGACCUCCAAGUACAACAUUGUCACCUUCCUGCCUGUCAACCUCUUUGAACAGUUCCAGGAAGUUGCCAAUACCUACUUCUUGUUCCUCCUCAUUCUGCAGUUGAUCCCACAGAUCUCUUCCUUGUCCUGGUUCACCACCAUUGUGCCUUUGGUUCUUGUCCUUACCAUCACAGCUGUAAAAGAUGCCACUGAUGAUUAUUUCCGACACAAGAGUGAUAACCAGGUGAAUAACCGGCAGUCUCAGGUGCUGAUCAGUGGGAUCCUCCAGCAAGAACAGUGGAUGAAUGUCCGUGUUGGUGAUAUUAUAAAGCUAGAAAAUAACCAGUUUGUGGCGGCGGAUCUUCUUCUCCUCUCUAGCAGUGAACCCCAUGGAUUAUGCUACAUAGAGACAGCAGAAUUGGAUGGGGAGACCAACAUGAAAGUACGACAGGCGAUUCCUGUGACCUCAGAACUGGGGGACAUCAAUAAGCUAGCCAAAUUUGAUGGUGAAGUUAUCUGUGAACCCCCCAACAACAAGCUGGAUAAAUUCAGUGGCACCCUUUACUGGAAGGAGAACAAGUUCUCACUGAGCAACCAGAAUAUGCUACUUCGGGGUUGUGUGCUCCGCAACACUGAGUGGUGCUUUGGGCUGGUCAUCUUUGCAGGUCCUGACACGAAGUUGAUGCAAAACAGCGGUAGGACAAAGUUCAAGAGGACGAGCAUUGAUCGUCUGAUGAAUACGCUGGUGCUCUGGAUCUUUGGCUUCUUGGUCUGCAUGGGAGUGAUUCUGGCUAUUGGUAAUGCCAUCUGGGAGUAUGAGGUCGGAGCACGCUUCCAGGUCUACCUGCCAUGGGAUGAGGCAGUGGACAGUGCCUUUUUCUCCGGCUUUCUCUCCUUCUGGUCCUACAUAAUCAUCCUCAACACUGUGGUGCCCAUUUCACUCUAUGUCAGUGUGGAAGUGAUCCGUCUCGGCCAUAGCUACUUCAUCAACUGGGACAAGAAGAUGUACUGUGUGAAGAAGCGGACACCUGCAGAGGCGCGCACCACAACACUUAAUGAGGAACUGGGUCAAGUGGAGUAUAUCUUCUCUGACAAGACAGGCACCCUCACCCAGAAUAUCAUGAUCUUCAAUAAGUGUUCCAUCUAUGGGCGAAGCUAUGGUGAUGUCUUCGAUGUCCUGGGACACAAGGCUGAAUUGGGAGAGAGGCCUGAGCCCAUUGACUUCUCUUUCAACCCCCUGGCUGACAAGAAAUUCUUAUUCUGGGACCCAAGCCUGCUGGAAGCAGUGAAGGUGGGGGACCCCCACACUCAUGAGUUCUUUCGACUCCUUUCACUGUGUCACACAGUCAUGUCUGAGGAAAAGAACGAAGGGGAGCUGUACUACAAAGCUCAAUCCCCCGAUGAGGGGGCAUUGGUCACUGCAGCCAGGAACUUUGGCUUUGUUUUCCGUUCACGCACUCCGAAGACCAUCACCGUUCAUGAGAUGGGCAAAGCCAUUACCUACCAGCUCCUGGCCAUCCUGGACUUCAACAAUAUUCGCAAACGCAUGUCAGUCAUAGUAAGGAAUCCAGAGGGCAAGAUCCGACUAUAUUGCAAAGGAGCUGACACUAUCCUACUGGAGAGACUCCACCCAUCCAAUCAAGAACUACUCAAUACCACCACUGAUCAUCUGAAUGAAUAUGCAGGGGAUGGGCUACGGACUUUGGUCCUGGCCUACAAGGAUCUGGAAGAAGAUUACUAUGAGGAGUGGGCAGAAAGACGACUCAGAGCCAGCUUGGCCCAGGACAGCAGAGAGGACAGACUGGCUAGUGUUUAUGAGGAAGUUGAAAAUGACAUGAUGCUACUGGGUGCAACAGCCAUUGAGGACAAGUUACAACAAGGGGUCCCAGAGACGAUUGCUCUUCUGACUCUGGCAAAUAUUAAGAUUUGGGUACUAACUGGAGAUAAGCAAGAGACUGCAGUAAAUAUUGGCUACUCCUGCAAGAUGCUGACAGAUGACAUGACAGAAGUGUUUAUUGUCACUGGACACACUGUUCUGGAGGUGCGGGAGGAACUCAGGAAAGCCCGGGAGAAGAUGAUGGAGUCGUCGCGCACAGUGGGCAAUGGCUUCUCUUACCAGGAGAAGCUUUCCUCUUCCAAGCUCACCUCUGUCCUGGAGGCUAUCGCUGGAGAGUACGCCCUGGUCAUCAAUGGCCAUAGCCUGGCCCAUGCCCUGGAAGCAGAUAUGGAGCUGGAGUUCCUGGAGACAGCCUGUGCCUGCAAAGCAGUCAUUUGCUGCCGGGUGACCCCUUUGCAGAAGGCCCAAGUGGUGGAACUGGUGAAGAAGUACAAGAAGGCUGUGACUCUCGCCAUUGGGGAUGGUGCCAAUGACGUCAGCAUGAUCAAGACUGCCCACAUCGGAGUGGGGAUCAGUGGACAGGAAGGGAUACAGGCAGUGCUGGCCUCAGAUUACUCCUUCUCUCAGUUCAAGUUCCUGCAGCGCCUUCUGCUGGUGCAUGGGCGUUGGUCCUACCUGCGCAUGUGCAAAUUCCUUUGUUAUUUCUUCUAUAAGAAUUUUGCUUUCACCAUGGUCCACUUCUGGUUUGGCUUCUUCUGCGGCUUUUCAGCCCAGACCGUCUAUGAUCAAUAUUUCAUCACGCUCUAUAACAUUGUAUACACCUCGCUCCCAGUUCUGGCCAUGGGGGUCUUUGAUCAGGAUGUACCUGAACAGCGGAGCAUGGAGUACCCCAAACUUUAUGAACCAGGCCAGCUCAACCUUCUUUUUAACAAGCGGGAGUUUUUCAUCUGCAUAGCCCAAGGCAUCUACACUUCAGUACUCAUGUUCUUCAUCCCUUAUGGUGUGUUUGCUGAGGCCACUAGGGAUGAUGGCACCCAGUUGGCAGACUACCAGUCCUUUGCAGUCACUGUGGCCACCUCACUGGUCAUUGUAGUCAGUGUGCAGAUUGGGCUUGAUACAGGUUACUGGACAGCCAUCAACCACUUCUUCAUCUGGGGAAGCUUGGCUGUUUACUUUGCCAUCCUCUUUGCCAUGCACAGCAAGGGGCUUUUUGAGAUGUUCCCCAACCAGUUCCGAUUUGUGGGGAAUGCCCAGAACACUUUGGCCCAGCCCACAGUCUGGUUCACCAUUGUGCUCACUACAGUGGUCUGCAUCAUGCCUGUGGUGGCCUUCCGUUUCCUGAAGUUGGACCUGAAGCCUGAGCUUUCAGACACGGUCCGCUACACACAGCUGGUGAGGAAAAAACAGAAGGCCCAGCACCGAUGCAUGAGGCGAGUGGGCCGCACAGGCUCUCGGCGCUCUGGCUAUGCCUUCUCCCACCAAGAGGGCUUUGGGGAGCUCAUCAUGUCUGGAAAAAAUAUGCGGCUCAGUUCUCUUGCCCUCUCUAGCUUCACCACGCGCUCCAGCUCCAGCUGGAUUGAGACUCUGCGCAGGAAGAAGAGUGACAGUGCCAGCAGCCCUAGUGGCGGGGCUGAUAAACCCCUCAAAGGGUGAUGGCCACAACCUGGGAUACCCCUGUGGUGGUGACCAGGGAUGUGCUGAGACUCUUACUUUGCUUGGGUGCUGGACUUAGCACCUAGCUACCAGCCUGGCACUAAGGAAGCUGUUUCUGCUUUCCCUUUUGCUGGGUGGUGUUCCCCUUUGGUCUUUCCACCACCAUUCUUUCCCUUCCUUUUUGCUGAUCCCACCAAGAAUGGCUGAGAAUAUCCUCAGCUGAGGGGGCUCAAAAGUAUGCCCGUGGAGAGGAUGGAGGUACCGAGAGCAGAGCUGGGGUCAAAGAGGACCAGUUUCAUGAGGGGAACACAGACAUGGAACCAAAAAGAAAAAAAAGAGAAGGCCCGAUUGCAGAAAGAGAGCUGUCCCCACUCUGCCUGGGAGUCCACAGCUUGGGUGGAUGAAAGGGGAAAGUGGGACUCACUCAGUCUCCUUAUUUUUUUACUCCUAAUCCUUAGAGGGGACCGCAAGAUCCCCUGUUCCUAAAUUACACAAGAAUGUAUUAUGCUGGGAAGCCUGGAAGCUUUGGGGGCCUGGGGCCCCUCACACCCUGUCACGUGUCAUCUGUAGGCUCAUGUUUGUGUUUGGUUUGGUUUCUUUUCUUACUUGGUAAGUGGAGGAGGCCUUUAAUAGUGAUUUCUAUGUUCUGGUUGGUAUCCUGACUUCUGGGGAAGAAAGUUGGUGCACACUGUGCUCCUCUCAGAGUCUAGGCCCCAUGUGGGUGUGGAGGCAUACGCAGAAGAGCUGUUAUCUGAGGGCAUUUGUUUUGGCCCAUAUAGCAGUUCAGGAGUAGCUUUGGCAGUUCUGGGGAUAGCUUACCUAAGGGGCAGCCUGGAGGGGAUGCGUUGAUCCUUUCCCUCAAUUUGGGGGUUCAAGUGCAGCACCCUCCUGUUUUAGCACCAGGCCCUUGGGGUCCUUGCCUGCACCCCUGGGCACAAGGACCAUAUGAGUGCUGGCUGGGGCCUGUUACUAAGUUGCAGCCAAGAAGAACUUUGGCUCAGAAGAAAAAAGUGGGGGCUUUUCUUUAUUUUUAGAUCCAAAAUAUUUUGUAGUUAAACUCCUUCCCUCAGCACCUUAAAUGUGGCUCUGUCCCAAUCUCUGUGUGGAGGGCCUUGGUUACAGCAGAAAGGGGAACUUGACCCUGCUGCUCCUCAUUCCUUCCCCUUUUUUCCCCUGAACGUGAAUUUAGGCGAUUUCCCCAAUCCCCCAACAGCCCUGAGAUGAGAGCAUGGCUGGGCCAUGCCCUGGUUCUAAUUCAUGCCCUGGCCCCUCCCAGCAGCCUCUGAAGGAACUGCUCUGUUGGGUCUAAGCAGUAGGUUGUUUCUUGUCCCCAUCCCUCAAGUUAGAGGUUUUUUUGUUUUGUUUAGCAGGGCAGUGACGGUUAAGUGACUUGCCCAGGGUCACACAGCUGCUAAGUGUCAAGUGUCUGAGGCUGGAUUUGAACUCAGGUCCUCCUGAAUCCAGGGCCGGUGCUCUAUCCACUGCACCACCUAGCCGCCCCAUUAUAGGUUUUAUAAGAGGCGCAAUGCCUAGCGCUCCAGGAGAGAACUCAGUGGACCUGGGCCAGCCCUGGAGUUGGCAUGUACAGAACCCAUGUUUGAAAGGACAGUUUGUGCUGUGCCUUCAUCACCCACAGUGGCAGUUUUCCUCCGUUACCAAAUGGACCUUGGGGAAUCCCCUGCUCUUUGAGGGAAGGUGUGAGUUUUAGUGGUUUGGUUUGGAAGCCCGUGAGUGAGGAGGAGCUUUGCUGAGGCAAAGGGAUGUGGGGCCUAGAGUGGACGGAGUCUGGAGAAGAAUGGCCCUGUCAGCCUUGCAGUCUACAACCUUUACAUCGUGUCUGUCUUUGUGUCUCUCUCAAGGCGAGAGUCUGAUUUUUAUACCAAAGAGGAAAUGAUUUUUUUAUGUUUAGUUUGUCUAAUAUAUAUAUAUAUACACACAUAUGUGUGUGUGUGUGUGUAUAUAUAUAUAAAUAAAAUGUGUGUGUCUUUGUGUGUGUGUACACACACACACAGAGUUAUAUAUUAUUUUUGGUUCUCUCUCUUGUUUUUUAGGGAGGGGGGAAGUGCUAAGUUGCAUUGAGCUGUAAUUAAGGAACAUUCCAUAUAAUUUAUGACACAUUUCUAUACUUGCAAAAUUGUAUCAUUUUAUGGGUAUAAAGAGAAAGCCUUUUAUAAAAUUACUGUUUCUGAGAA